UGCACAGUGACGGGGGAGAUUCUGGUGUGUGCAAACCGUCAGAAAGCAGAAAAAGGGAUUGAGAGCGAGGGAGAGAGAGGGAGAGAGAGAGCGAGGGAGAGACAGCGUGAGAGGGAUAGAGUGAGGGAGAGAGCAAGGGAGAGAGAGCAUGAGAGAGCGAGGGAGAGAGCGAGGGAGAGUGGAGUAGAAAGGACUGUUCAGUCAGAACACAUUGUGGAAGGGAGGAGGGAGAGUAACAGCAGAGAGCCAGGCGGGGAGGCAGGGAGAGCGAGCUGCACUUCUGCUGGUUUGCUUCCACUCCUCAUGCAGGACACCCCCGGAAAGGCAGCGUGACUCGCCCUCCCCACCAUGCUUUCCCACCAGCUGACACCCGUGAGGCCCCUGCAGGAGUGAGGGAGCCCCCGGCCACCAAGGACCCUGCCUUGACCCCGCCUGCGCUGGCAUGUUUAGGGGACGGGGGGCAGGACCCUUACAGGAGCCGUGACAGGUUUCUCCAGGAAGGUGAGUAGCUGCCCUGGUGGUGAUGGCAUGCGACCGCGGUGUGGUGUGCAAAGGAGACAGUGUGUCGGCGAUCAGAGCCCAACUCCGCUCUCAGCUGCUGCCGAUGAAUGAGUGUCUCAGAAACGUGAUCGACGCUAAUUAGACACCCGCUACGAAAAAUUCCGGAUAAUCAGAAACCGUCUCCACAUAGUGGGAGGCUGGUGAUAACUGAAAGUGAGCCUCUCCAUGAUUUUGAUACUUUCAGCACCUGGCCCCUCUGUGACUCGUAAACGACCGUGAGUGACUUUGAUAGACACUUUCUGCGUUCUGCUUGCUGGUGGGUUAAGCAGCGACGCCAGUGUUUACAGCACGCAUCCUCUCGUGGUGAAUCUGUCAAUCCGGAGCCGCUGUAACUCUGGGCUAUCAGCUGAUCUGGCAGGAUUUAUUCCUUGCGAUCGAUUCAGGGUACGGAAUGUGGAUGGAUUGGAAGUGUCGACAAAUGAAAGUUCCCGUCGGAUCGCAGAAGUCGAGGGGAAGUGAGAAUGCCGUCCUGUGUCUGGAGUAUGGGGGAUUCAGGACGGGCCGUGUGCGCGGGGGAGGGGUGUCGUCUCGUUAGGCUCGCCCGUCGUCGCUCUGGUGGUCCAAGCCACGGCGCUUCAUGUUCCCUCCUGGGAGAUCUUCCCUGCUUCCCGCCGUGCCUGUCUACUUCCAGGUCCGUGACAGAACCCAAAAGCUGCAAGGUGGGGGUGGAGGUGGAAGGGUGGGUUUUAAUCUCAUCUUUCAGACCGGGGGCUGAUUUGCUAAGCAAAUGAAGGACAGGUGUGGCAGGGAGCUCAAACUGAUUCCUGGGAACGAAGGAGCCACUAUUUCUGGGAUGUGUUUUUUCCGGAACGUUUUCACCAGGCAACCUACUUCACAGUCCAUAAAUGUAGCGCAAUAACCAACAGCUAAGUAAGCAAGUAAAGACGCGGAUGGGAGUACAAAGGCAGGAAGGGGGGGGCGCUGUCCCACACUGAAAGCAUCCCACUGGGGGGCAGCCACUUGUCUGGGAUGCCUGUCUCAGAUGCGCACCUGUCUCUCUGUCUCUUGCCUCUCCUCUCCAGGACAGGAUCGGGAAGCAGGCGAGUGGCGGGUGCUGAUGGACGCUGAUGUGUCCAGUUUGGCGGGACUGAGCGGCCCCCACGAGCCCCGUGGCUGACGGAGACCCCAGCUCCCCUCACCUCUUAAUGGGGGUGACUUUGAGCUGAGCCCUCCCCCCCUCCUUCCACCAUUUCCACAACAACUUUAGAGUGCUGCUUCUCUGGGGAGAACUGUCUUCUAAGAGCAUGGAAGGAAGGGAGAUGAGGGCGUGAAGGCCAACCAGGAGGCACCUCGGCCCGCCUCUGCUCCACCCCCCACCCAGUCCCUCGGCCUUGCGGGCUGGUGGACCUCUAACCUCCAGAAACACACGCUAGGACCAUCACCACCCACCACCCGGAAGCGGAGGCUAAGUGGAGUGAGCUUCCUCUGCCCGUCUUCAGAGGUCGUCGUGGUUAACAGAAAACUCCAAAAACUGAUGAAUGAGUGAUGUGCUAACUCAAGGCAAGAAAAACCACAAAACGUGAGACUAAACAGACAGAUCCUAUGGAAAGGCUUCCCGUUCUUCUUCCUUGGAUGCUACAAUACUCAUCACCCUCCCUCCGACCACAGAGGAGAUCACUUUGUGUUUUUAUACAUCCAUUCUGGAGCCUCUGUCUGGGAAUACAAACGUUUCUUGACCCGGAAAUCUUCCGUACAGCCGAUUCGCGACAUUUGAGGCCACUGAUGCGGCUGUAGAUCAGACGGUGGAUUGGACGACAGGGUGGACACUGUGGAUAUGAGCAUGCCGGGGGAUUGGCUGAGAGUUUGCUUUUAGCCUGGCCAGUUGCAGGGCUUGGUAUCUGUCCCAUCGAGGAGAGCUUGGAGUGGGUGGCCAAGAGAAAGCGGGUUUUCUGUGGAGAUGGACAUCUUUAUUUUUUUGACCAAGCAUGCUGGGAUGUGGUGAUCUUAUCUGGAGUUUGGAAAAUUGUGCUGAGGACAACUGAGGGAGAGAAGGCAUCUGGACAAAGGGAUAAUGCAUGCCCCCCCCGCGCUGGAGGAAGAGGGCACCAUGAGCAACGUGACCGUCCACGACAACGCCGAGUCCAUCGACCGCAGCAUGAACGUAGCAGCACCCUACCCACUAAGUUUCCAGGUCACCCUGACUGGCUUCCUCAUGCUCGAGAUCGUCCUGGGCUUGAGCAGCAACCUCACCGUGCUGGUGCUCUAUUGCAUGAAGUCCAACCUCAUCAACUCCGUGAGCAACGUGGUGACGGUCAACCUGCACGUGCUGGACGUGCUCAUCUGCGUGGGCUGCAUCCCGCUCACCAUUGUGCUCAUCCUGCUCUCGCUUGAGGGCAACACGGCGCUCGUCUGCUGCUUCCACGAGGCCUCCGUCUCCUUCGCCAGCGUCGCUACGGCCGCCAACGUGCUGGCCAUCACGCUGGACCGCUACGACAUCUCGGUCAAGCCUGCCAACCGUGUGCUGACUAUGGGUCGCGCCGUGGCUCUGCUCGCCUCCAUCUGGGCCCUCUCCUUCUUCAGCUUCCUGGUUCCCUUCAUGGAGGUGGGCUUCUUCAGCCAGGCAAGACUGGACCAGAACCAGACUGUAGCGACAGUGGCCCACACCAACCAGUACUACACAGAGUUGGGUCUCUACUACCACCUGCUGGCCCAGAUCCCCAUCUUCUUCUUCACCGUUGUGGUCAUGCUAGUGACAUACUCCAAGAUCCUGCAAGCACUCAACAUCCGUAUCGGAACACGCUUCCACGUGGUGCAGAAGAAGAAGGCACACAAGAAGAAGAAGACCAUCUCCAUGACGACACAGCCGGACACGACGGAUGCCUCUCAGAGCAGCACAGGGCGUAACCCGGCGCUGGGCAUGCGUACAUCUGUCUCAGUCAUCAUUGCUUUGCGCCGGGCAGUCAGGCGUCACCGGGAGCGGCGAGAGAGGCAGAAAAGGGUCUUCCGGAUGUCCCUCCUCAUCAUCUCCACCUUCCUGUUGUGUUGGACGCCCAUAACUGUGCUUAACACAGUCAUCCUGAGCAUAGGCCCCAGUAACCUCAUGGUUAAACUCAGACUAGGCUUCCUGGUCAUGGCUUAUGGGACGACCAUCUUUCACCCACUGUUGUAUGCCUUCACGCGCCAGAAGUUCCAGAAGGUGCUCAAAAGCAAAAUGAAGAAGAGGGUCGUGUCCAUAGUGGAGGCUGAGCCCCUGCCUAAAAACGCUGUUAUCCACAACUCGUGGAUUGACCCAAAGAGGAACAAAAAGGUGACUUUCGAGGAGAAUGAAAUGAGGCAGAAAUGCCUCUCCUCGGAAGACGUUGAGUGACCUUCUGGGCAUCUCCUAACUCAUAGAUGUGGACUGACCUUCUCGAUGUCCUCUACAUGCAGAGAGACACUCAUAACCACUGCCAGGUGACUUUGCAUUAAAAAGGGAAUGUUAUUCCAGAUCUGUACUACUGCGGAAAGACCGCUCCAUGUGCAGAGAUCAGAGCAACAUAAUUUAUUACUAUUUAUUGUGUGAACAGAUGACGGUAGGUUUCAUAGAGAAACACGCUGUACAAAUUGCAUGGCUUUUCACAAGUAGUGAAUACAUUGUAUAUAUAAGCCAGUCAUGUAUAUAAUAUAUGUACAGAGAAUAGACACUUGGACACUAAAUCUGUCAAUUUAUAAUAAAUAGCUUAAAAGAG